AUGAAGAUUUUGUACAUGGGCGUUUUCCGGAACGACACCCAGCCAGCUCUCCAGCUAUGCGGGGAAAAGGAUCUCGGCAGCUUUUCACGUUUCACUCGUCAGAACUAUGAUGAGUUCUUGAUGCUCUUCACCCGUACAGUCGCCGAGAAGACAAAGGCUGGCCAACGACAGGAUAUUGAGGAGAAGGCCUACACAUUCCAUGCUUAUGGCCGAACUGAGGGUGUUGCUGGUGUGAUCGUUACCGACGGCGACUACCCUGCUCUGGUGGCUCAUCAGCUCCUGGGCAAGAUCGUGGAUGAGUUCUUGGCCAAGCACCCGCGCACUUCGUUCUCUGAUCCCUCGCUGCGUGAGAAUGCGUGCCCUUUGCCGCAACUCAAGGACUACAUUGUCAAAUACCAAGACCCCAGCCAGGCCGACAGCAUUAUGAAGAUCCAACAAGAGCUCGACGAGACAAAGAUUGUUCUGCACAAGACGAUCGAGAGUGUUUUGGAGCGUGGUGAGAAGAUCGACUCCCUGGUACAGAAGAGUGAUGGACUGUCCGCUCAGAGCAAGAUGUUCUAUACUCAGGCCAAGAAGCAGAACUCUUGCUGCAUUUUGAUGUAA